CAAAAGAAGACACAGAAAAGAAAAAAAGCAAUUAACUUGCCCUACAUAUGCCUGCUGCUGCUACUGCUCCUGCUACUGCUGAUGCAAUGCAUUAACUUUGCCGGUGUUCAGAUCAUCUCAUGCACCAAGUGAAGAGGGGACGAAGGAACAGAUUGCAUCCGAUAUCGAGUCAGAAGCAAAUCAACAGUGAACAACAAAGACAAGGGAAGCAAACCCAAUCGGAUACGAGCCAAAAAGACAACUUGAAACAAUACCCUAGAAGCAGUAUUCUUUCUUUAGUGUUCUUUUUCUUUCUCAUUUCUCAUUGGGUUAAGGCGGAUCCUCAUGGUGAUUUGGAAUUGCAGCAAAGGAGGCGAACAUGUACGGUGUGCAGGAGUGGGUGGGAAGGGAAGAGUUGGGUGUGGGUAUGGAACCUGACCGUUAUUCAACCCGGGGUCCUGGAUAGGAUCAGGCCGGGGGAAAGGGGGUGGUGGGUGCUCAGCGGCAGACAGACACGUGAAUGCAGUCGACAAGUCUAAAUCUGAUUUCUCAUUUCAGAAUUUGCCAUCAGGACAAGGAGAAGGAGCAUCUCGGGCCUGCCGUGACUGGCGACCUGUCCCCAUUCCGGGUAAUCGCUCGUCUUGCGAUGACGAUGCCGAGUGGCCAUUCUGGCGGUGUACACCAGCCCCGGGUCCAAUUGAAAGAGGCGAGAGAAGCGACCGGUGGAGUGGUGCUAAUUGAACGGAAAUUAAGACUUCGCCUCUUGAAGAAUC